CUUUUUCUCUGGAUUCUUAUUUUCUGCUUCGCAGUUCUUCUCUCUCCCUCUAAAACUAUUUGACUCCUUUCUCUCUCUAAAAGUCAAAUUUCAUCUCGUCUUGCUGUAGAUUGCGCGGCCAUUGAUAUUAUAGAGGAGCUUGCAGAGAUUGAGUGGCUCCAUCUCGAUGGGUUUCCCUUUAGUCUCUGCUUUGAUGAGACUGGGGGUGAAAUCGACCACCACCGACGAAGCUCCCAUAAAUUCCAUAACUUUAUUUGUGGUGCUCCUUUGUUUUUGCGUUGUGAUUGGUCAUCUUCUGGAGAAAAGUCGAUGGAUGACUGAAUCAGUCACUGCCCUUCUCAUUGGCCUUUGUACUGGAAUUGUUAUUCUUCUAAAUACCGAAUGGAAAAGCUCACGCGUCUUAGUUUUUAAUGAAGAUAUUUUCUUCAUAUAUCUUCUGCCACCUAUUAUAUUCAAUGCUGGAUUCCAGGUGAAAAAGAAGCGCUUUUUCCAGAACUUCAUGACAAUCAUGCUGUUGGGUGCUGUUGGCAGUUUUAUAUCAUUUGUCAUUAUAUGGCUAGGUUCGUUGCAGUUAUUCGAAAAAAUGGACAUUGGUUUCCUGGAGAUGAACGAUUAUCUUGCACUUGGAGCAAUCUUCUCAGCUACAGAUACUGUUUGCACCCUUCAGGUGCUUAAUCAAGAUGAGACGCCUUUACUGUACAGUCUAGUCUUUGGAGAAGGUGUUGUAAAUGAUGCCACAUCUGUGGUACUUUUCAAUGCAAUCCAGAGAUUUGAUCUCUCUCACAUCAACUCAACCAUUGUGAUGGAGUUUAUUGGCAAUUUCUUAUAUCUGUUUCUGACAAGCACAUUGCUGGGUAUAGCUGUCGGAUUGCUUAGUGCAUACAUCAUGAAGAAGUUGUACCUUGGCAGGCACUCUACUGAUCGUGAAGUUGCUCUUAUGAUUCUAAUGGCUUAUUUGUCAUAUAUGGUGGCAGAAUUGUUCGAUUUAAGUGGCAUUCUUACUGUUUUCUUCUGUGGGAUUGUCAUGUCUCACUAUACCUGGCACAAUGUAACCGAAAGCUCAAGAGUUACAACCAAGCAUGCUUUUGCAACAUUAUCAUUUGUUUCGGAGAUUUUCAUCUUCCUGUAUGUUGGUAUGGAUGCCUUGGACAUUGAGAAGUGGAAAUUUGUAAGCCAGAGUCCUGGGACAUCAAUUGGAGUAAGUUCGAUAUUACUUGGCCUGGUUCUGAUUGGAAGAGCUGCUUUUGUAUUUCCCCUAUGUUUUGCUUCGAACUUAACUAAGAAACAUCAGAGCGACAAAAUUGGAUUUAAGCAACAGGUAACAGUAUGGUGGGCAGGACUCAUGAGAGGUGCUGUAUCUGUGGCUCUUGCUUAUAAUUGGUUUACAAUGUCAGGCCAUACUCAACGCCGUGGAAACGCAGUCAUGAUCACUAGUACAAUCACAGUUGUUCUCUUCACCAACGUGGUGUGCGGAUUAUUGACUAAGCCUCUUGUAAGGUGGUUGUUGCCACAACAUAAACAUUCAGGCAGCAUCAUGUCCUCUGAAUUAUUAUCAUCUGAGACGUCUCUGGCUAUGCCACUCCUCACUAAUGGGGACGAUCUAAAGUGGGAUAUGCCCGGUGAUAGAAUUCCCCGUCGAACUGUUCUGCGUAUGCUCUUGAUGACACCGGUUCGUUCUGUGCAUUACUACUGGAGAAUGUUUGAUGACAGUUUCAUGCGUCCUGUCUUUGGCGGUAGAGGAUUUGUGCCAUUCGCUCCUGGUUCACCCAACGAAGACAUUGUGCACCAAUCGGUAGUUGGGGAGCAGCAGAUAGUAGAGUAAUAUUAUAACUUGAGGACUGAUUGUUUUGCUGGGUUAUAUAUUGGUGUAAAUAGUCAAAAUUAUAACUUAUAGGCAGGCCUCCCUCCCUGAGCCGUGUUGUAUUGUACAUAUGCAGACAUUAUGGAACUCAAGGAAAGAAAUGGGAUUAACAGUA